AUGCGACUUCGCAAUUUGUAUACUUGCUUUGUUAAGGGUAAAAUCGUGGUUGCCCACAAGCACGAAUCGAAACUUCCGAUUGGACCAGAAGACAGUCUGCACUGGCGCACGCUUCGGCAUCUGGAUCACGAGAAUCUGAAUCGAUUCAUAGGGGUAUGUCGAGAUGGACCCCAGAUGCUUUCUAUAUGGAAAUACUGGUCACGUGGAAGUAUUGAUGACGUGAUCGUGAAGUAUUCAUCAAGAAUCGAUGGAUUUUUUGUGUUUGCAUUCAUCGAAGACAUGUCACAUGCUAAAAUGCAGACGAAGGACCGAAUAGCGGCAGCCUCGGACCCGGAAGCUUUGAUGUGA